UUACUUUCAACCUCUGUGUAUAAGUCCUCAUCCGCUCAUAGCAUUCCAAAACCUAACCCCCCACUCAGUAAAUGCUGCACCUGACCUCCCAAAAUAUUUGAAAACUUUUGAAGCCCAGCGGAUUGUUCAAGGGAGAUUAAAUGUGAGCACCAUGUCGAUCAGCGCUAACAGUUGUCUCGUGUUUGAUCCUCGGUGUCACGCGGGGCUCGCUAAUUACCUUUGUUUUGCACUAGCAAGCAUCUUGAUCAUGUCGCGAGAUCCUUGCCGCUCGUCGGCGUCGUUUCGUGUCGCCCUCAGAAAAGCGACCCAAAGCGACUCGCUGUCGGCGCUUGCGCAGAACCAGAAAAGAGUUCUCCGGAGGAGGCUAGCAGCAUGGAAGCUAACGGUGGCCAUCGUGCCUCGUUGACGGCGUGCCAUUUCGCUCCGAGGUGGUCUUGGGUGCCCCCGUUGGCGAACCAGCUGCCGAGUCACAGCUGGGUUGGACCACCUUCACGCGACUUUGAAGCCACUUUUCUUUCUUUGGGUUUUUCUUUUUGCGUGUGUGUUGAGGCUUUUCCAAAAGAAGAUCAACAGGAAGUGAUGUCGUGUGUUCACUCAUUGCCCCGAAGGACUGCUUAACAUCUUUUUACACUUUGUUAGGGUCAAUCAUUUUAUACUUGAAAUGGAAAUCUUUCAUUUUUCCUCUCAUCCCUCUCUCCUUCAUCUGUCUCCUUCACUUCCCCUUUCCCUCACUCAUCUUCCUCUCGCUCGUUUUCUCCCUCUUCCUCUUAUCAGUUUCCUCUAUCUCUUCCUCUCCUCCCCCCCUUUUCUCUCCCCCUUUCCUCUCUCAUUAGCUUUUCCCCCCAUCUCUUUUCCGCCUCUCUCCAUUUCCCUGUCCUCUCUCAUUCUUGAUCUCCCUCAGCCCAUUGCUUCUUUCUCUCAUUCUCUCCCCCUCUCUCCCUGUCCUCUCAUUCUUUCUCUCUCUCCCUCUCGUGCGCAAUCCUCUCCCUUAUUCUCUUUCCUCCCGCUUUCUCCCACUUUUCCUUCUUAUUCCCUCACUCUCUCUCACCUUCCCUGCCCCGGGUUCACCUUUUCUUAUUCUCUCUCUUUUGGACAAUAGUGCUGUAGUACAGUGUUGUCACACACUCCAGGCUUUUUCCCGCGCUUGGAAGCAUCCACACGUCGGAGGACGGCGGAGCGCCCUCCUUCCUCCCCCAUCAGUCCCACCACCUCUACUACCACCGACGACACCCUGUCGACUUCUUCCCCACGACACGGCCGCCAUCAUCAUCAUCACCACCACCACCACCACCACCAUCAUCCUCAUCAUCAUCCAGCUCCCUUUCCAUCCCUCUCAUGCCCGCCACUGAGGCUCGACUGCAGUUUGGAGUAUGGCGUGCAUCGGGGACGCGGACCCCUUCACCGCGGCCAUCCCUGCCACCAAAGUUGAACUCACCGUGUCGUGCAGAAACCUGCUGGACCGAGACACAUUCUCCAAAUCGGAUCCCAUCUGCGUGCUGUACACUCAGGGGAUAGCGAACAGGGAAUGGAGAGAGUUUGGCAGGACAGAAGUGAUCGACAACACGCUGAACCCCGACUUCGUGCGCAAGUUCAUCCUGGACUAUUUUUUUGAGGAGAGGCAGAACCUCCGGUUUGACCUGUACGACUUGGACUGCAAAAGUGACAACCUCUCCAAACACGAUUUCCUAGGGCAGGCGUUUUGCACGCUGGGCGAGAUCGUGGGCUCGCUGGGAAGCCGCUUGGAGAAAGCCUUGAUCGGGAUUCCUGGGAAGAAAUGCGGAACUUUGAUCGUGAGAGCCGAAGAGCUGAGCAACUGCCGGGAGUCGGUCAUGCUGCAGUUCUGCGGCAACAAAUUGGACAAGAAGGAUUUCUUUGGCAAGUCGGACCCUUUCCUCGUCUUCUACCGCAGUAACGAAGACGGAUCGUUCACCAUUUGCCACAAGACUGAGGUGGUGAAGAACACUCUGGAUCCCGUGUGGCAGGCUUUCAAGAUUCCUGUCAGGGCGCUCUGCAACGGCGACUACGACCGGAGCAUCAAGGUGGAAGUGUACGACUGGGACAGGGACGGAGGACACGACUUUAUCGGCGACUUUACCACCAGCUACAGAGAAAUGUCCAGAAGCCAGUCGCAGUUUCAUAUCUAUGAGGUGCUCAAUCCAAAGAAGAAAGGGAAGAAGAAGAAAAAGUACCAAAACUCAGGAACGGUGACCCUGCUGUCGUGCCUGGUGGACACCGAGCUGUCUUUCCUGGACUACAUCCGAGGCGGGACGCAGAUUAAUUUCACAGUGGCGAUCGAUUUCACGGCGUCAAACGGGAACCCGUCGCAGCCCACCUCGCUGCACUACAUGAGCCCGUACCAGCUGAACGACUACGCCAUGGCGCUGCGGGCGGUGGGCGAGAUCAUCCAAGACUACGACAGUGACAAGAUGUUCCCGGCGCUGGGCUUCGGAGCCAAGCUGCCCCCCGACGGACGCGUCUCGCACGAGUUUGCCCUGAACGGCAACCCGCAGAAUCCGUAUUGUAGCGGAAUCGAGGGCGUGAUGGAGGCUUAUUACCAGAGUCUCAAGUCGGUGCGGCUCUACGGGCCCACCCACUUCUCGCCGGUCAUCAACCACGUGGCCAGGUACGCGUCGGCGGUGACGGACGGCUCUCAGUACUUCAUCUUGCUCAUCAUCUCGGACGGCGUCAUCACGGACAUGGCUCAGACCAAGGAGUCCAUCGUCAAUGCUGCCUCUCUGCCCAUGUCAAUUAUAAUCGUCGGGGUCGGACCGGCGGAAUUUGACGAAAUGAUCGAACUAGAUGGAGACGAGGAGAGAAUCUCAUCCCAAGGACGCUUCGCUGAACGGGACAUCGUUCAGUUUGUUCCGUUCCGUGACUAUAUUGACCGCAGGGGCAAUCACAUCCUCAGCAUGGCCCGGCUGGCUAAGGAGGUGCUAGCGGAAAUUCCCGACCAGUUCCUGUCUUACAUGAGGACGCGGGGGAUCAAACCUGGUCCGCUCCCGCCCCCUUACACGCCAUGCCCCCCGCCGGCUCUGCACCCUCUCCUCACCAGAAGGGAAGCGGGAAUGAAUAGCGUUCUCAUGACGACAGAGGAGUCGGAGGACGGGGGCUUUGGACGUCUUCCGCCGGUUCGGUUGCACGACGCCGCUAAGUGUGAAAUCGCUGUUCCUCUGAGGCCGUGUAGGAGUAACAAUGGAGAGCAUUGACGGACGACGAGGCAAGAAAAGCUUCGGUCGCCGCCUCCACCCAUCUCGUCAUUCACAGCCGUCCGCCAGGCAAUGUGACCUUCCCGUAGUUUUUUUUUUUUUAAUGUCUCUUAUGAUAUAAACAUGGUUAUUCCACGGAAUGCUUAUGCUGAAUAUCCUCUCUUAUCCAAGCAUGGAUUUAUUUUGCAUGCGUACAUUCUUUUGUAACAAGUGGAUUUGCAGAGUAAUUGGAAUUUUUUUUUCCCUCCUGUUUUGCCUUAAAAAUCGUAUUGGCUAAUUUCAGAAUUGUGUGGCUUUUCAAUAUGACUUCAUACAAGGUCACUACUCUGUGAGACUCAUCCAAGGUCUUGAGAACCAUGCUUCCACCAAGCAAUAUAGUUCAGUUUUGAAACAACGUAAUUACCCCGUGACCUUGAAAAAACAACAACAACAACAACAGAAACAGAUUUAUUUCCCAAUGUCACUCAAUUCAACUAUAGAUCUCUGCUGCACUUUAAAAAUGAAACCCACUAAUCAAAGAUGUUUUCAUCGAGUUUCAUGCUCUGAAAAUUGCUUUAAAUGGAACCUCAAUUGAUCCCGAUUCCAUUUUUUUUUUCUCAAUGUCGGAAGGACAGGGUGAUAGUGCUGGAAAAGCUCAACCAAAAAUUGUCUUAGCUGUCAAAGUUUUGGAACGUUCUAUUAUGUUGAGUUUGGCUUUUCAAGGUGUUGGACAAUAUUUGGAAGACACAAGUGCAAGGACGCACAUAGGCAAGGCAGGAAUGUGGGAAUAUCAAAUAACAUAAUUGUAAUUUAGAAAAGCAAAACAGCCGAUUAUAAAAAUCAAAGAGCAAACACGAAACUAACAGUCCCAAAAUCUUAAUUAACAAAGAAGCAGGACGUGAUAAGGAAACACUGGUUAUGACUUCUGACGACAAGCAGCAAUCCAGCAACACUGAUCAAAAGAUGGAAAUGGAAACAAAUUGACAAGACAACGAGGAACACCAGGACAAGACACAAGUGGCUGAAGGGAGCUGAUUGGCUAAGACCAGGUUGAGGGCCGAGGAGUCGGAUCAGAACCAAGUCAACAAAAGCUCAGGCCCCUACUAACUAACCCUAAAUUAUCUUACUUUGAAUGGAACAAACUAAUCAUUGAUUUGGCACUUCCCAACAUCGUAGUGUGGGGUUGGUACCGUUGAAAAACAGAACCAGGAACAACCCCUGCUUUGCCUGCUUUGCCUGCUUUGGUACUUCACGCCUUUGUAAAAGGACAGGGUCGGUACAGUUACAAAGAUGAACCAUAAAAUUUUGUAAGAAGAACUCAUUUUCAACUCUGCAUGACUUUCCAUUCCAAAAAUUACUUUACACAGUUCGAUCCCUGAACCAUCAAAAUCCCCCAAACCUGAUUUCUUGUACUUUGCACAAGUAAUAGCAGGUUGGUUCCGGUGGAAAGUUGAACCGAAAAACUGUCAGGGAAACCUGUUGACUUGAUCCCAUCAAAAACUGAGUUCACCUCAGACAGCAGAUCCACUCCAGAAUAAACCAGUCGGUCACGCGUAACCCCAAGUAAACAAGCCUUGACUUUC